AUGGAUGAUGACUGGGGAUUCCCUUCUUACAUAUCUUUGGAUGAACUUUGGGAUUCUAGUCGCGGGUUCAUUGUAAAUGAUACUUGUAUAAUUGAAGCUCAUAUAUUGGUUCGUAUGUUAGAGCAUGAGAAACAGGUUGAUCAAUCACCCAAGGAAAUGAUUUUAACCCCAUCAUUUGGUGAGGUGGUGGAUUUUAGGGGCAUAGGAAAAGUAGAGAAAGAUUUUAUUCCUCUAUUGGAAGAAGUUUGUUCAAGAUAUCCCUCACUUACCUCACUACUUAUUGAUAGCAAGAAGAGAAGUCAAAGAUUUACUGAAUGGGCUUUUACAGCUUUGGGUAGAGUUCUUUAUUUUCUCAACACGAACAAAGUGAGAGAUAUGGACGAUGAUGCUUGCAAUCAUCUCCAAACUUUAUGGGAAGAACUUGAAACAUGUGGAUUUGAUUUGUCAUGGCUGAAACCUCAAGUACAAUCUGCCUUGAGUAUGAAAACUUGUGUUGAAAAAGUUCUUGUUGUGAAAAGGUUGGAGGAGAAUGUGAGUUCUUUGGAGGAGGAGGUUGCUAUUUUAGAGAUGGAAGCAAAGAUUUUGAGAACAAAGAUGAUUGAAACAGAGGUAAAUCUAGAAAUAAGAAGAGAGUUGCUGAAAACAAAAAAGGUUUUGUAG